AUGCCUCCUAUGCCCGCUGGGGCGGGUCCUAGUCUCGGUCCUCAGAGUGCGUCCUUCAUAUAUCAGCAUGUUCAUGAUAUGUCCUCCAAACGUGUCUCUACCUUGGGGUAUUUACGGAAAGUCCACGAAGGACGAGUAUAUUGGUUUAAUACUGUACAUUUUUCUCGACACGAUCUUAUGCGAAUGCCAUACUUUGACCCCAAAAGGCUCUCUCGUCGCGCAAUCAACUUCCUCCUUCUCGGCCUUUCACUCCCUCCUAUAUUAGACGCGCAUUCAACACCCAUGGAAUACCUCCGCGCUCUCCAUGCUCUUUUGGUUGAAUUCGAAACAUUUCAACAAGUUCAUAACCCAGAUGGAAACUUCUCUUCAAACCUUGUCCGCGCAAGACUACCUCAGAUGUUCAAAAGGGCAACAUAUACUGGCAACAAAACUAGACGAGCAAGCUCGGCCAACGAGAUUGGUCUACCCAUACAUUUCAGUGAUUCAUCAGACGUGAAAGCCAUGACAGGUAAUCUUGCAUCUUCGGCCACCGCAGCAUCGGCGGUUACAUCAUUUCCAAAUACUGAUUCUUCCGAUCUACUUCCGGGAGAGGAAUACACCUAUUUGUUAACACCAUCACUCCCAUUCGAUCCCGAUUUUUUCGAAACUUUCGUGACGCUAUGCGAUGUUUUAAUCGAUUGUUAUAAUAGACUUACAGGUCUGAUUUCUUCGCCUGCCGUGUGCACUACGGCCUUGGGAGAAUUGUUCACUAAAACAGAUGCAAAGUUGCGCAAAGUCAUGGUUGCGGGGGUUGUCCGAGACUUUGAAGACGUGAGCAGGAGUAGCGCCAAAAGUGAAAUUGGAGGAGUUAGCAGAGUUGUCCUAGGCGGUUUGCUGGGAUAG